AUGCAAUCUAGAAUGUAUAAAACCGACGCAGACAUACGUAAAAGCCAAAUAAACACCUUGAAAGUGUUUAAUGCCAAUGUUAAUGAAGUGAGCGAGGGGCAAGAAUACCAAAUAGCAUUCGAUUCUGGCUGCAAUAAGUUGAUAUUGAACGUUUUAUUGGGCAGUGAAUUUCCGAAAGAGAAACCCAAACUAAAAAUAUCACCUGUCGUUAUACACCCUUGGGUAAAUGCUGAGGGGGAGAUUACUUCAGCCCCUGGGUUAUUAAAUUUCACUGUACAUUCCGACUUGGGCAGAGUUGUGCAGGCAAUUACUAGGGAGUUUGAAAGGAAUCCACCGCCCUUGAUAGGGCAUGAUAAUAAAAAAAUGUCGCCCUGUAACUCUGUUUUAGAUGGGGAGCAUAGUAGAACAAGUCCAAGCUUCCCAACUCUCCCAGUUAUAAAAUCCUUCUCUCCUCCUAGUCACACACCCAUAACCUCACAAUUCCCCCAACUCAACCACUUGAGCAUUGAAGAGUUGCAGUUUUUGAAGGAAAACGCAGAUCGGCAGCAGGAGUUCAUAGAAGAGAUGCAAUGCAUAAACAAUCAACAGAGAGUUUUGGAUGAGUGUAUAGCUCAGAUAGAGGAACUGGCCGAAAGUAAUUUGAGCAAGCAGCAGCAAUUGGAGGAUUUGAGGUUCGGGAUCGAUUCAAGAAUAGAAGAGGUUACGAAAUUGGCCUUUGAGAAUGAAAGGCUGCUUGGGAUUUAUCAGGAUUUAUCCGAUAAGUACUCACCAAGAAAUAUUCAGGAUCAAUUGAGGAUAGCAGCUAGUCAAGCAGAAUUGGAGGGUGAAAAAAUCGCGGAAAAUUUUUUAAAAGGUGAAAUGGAUGUGGAUAGAUUUGUAAAUCAAUACAUAAGUACUAGAAAGUUGUGUCAAAUGCGUAAAACCAAGGAGGAAAAACUCGGUCAUCAGUUGGACAGUUUGGAGAAAGCAGGUUUUUGA